AUGAACGUUCCCAAGGAAAACCCCGAAGAAGGCACAUUCAACGCGUUCGAUGAGGCUGCAGCUUACAUAGAGGACGCGCUCAAGGCUCACAAGCGGGUGCUCGUGCAUAGUACGUACGGUCGGUCAAGAUGUUGCACGCUGGUGGUGUACUUUAUCAUGAAGGCAGAGCGAGUGCCGCUGGUCGAAGCAUACCACCGCGUACUCCUGGGACGUCCGCAAAUGAUGCCGCGUGACGCCAUCUUGGACAUUCUCUUGCAAAAGGAGCGACUCCUGUAUGGGACGAGCUGCUUUGACGAACCGUAUGCGGAAGAGGAAUACCGCGCCAGACUCAAGCACUUGGUGCGCGGCGGUCUCUUGACUAGCGAAGGCCAAGCUCAGUUGACUGCUGCAAUCUCCAACAUCCACGACAUGGAAGUACGCCAGUUGGCAGCCAAGAACAAGACACAAUCGGUCGAGGCAGCGACUUCAACCGCCGCGAGACAGGACGAAUUCUCGACCUCCAACAGCUCAAGUAAACGUACGGUGCCCGAAUCCAGUGUCACGUGUCGAUGGUUGUUCAACCGCUUGCAGUCUGGCACCGGUAUGCUGUUGCUGGAUGCGCGCAGUCGAGUCGACUUCGACGACGACUGCAUCCCCACAGCCAUUUCGACGCCUGCGCCGACAAACCCUUCCAUGGAAACGCUGGACGGGGUACAAAAAUCACUGCUGCCAGAGCAGACACAUCUGUUCUCUGCGAAAAAGCGCAAGCUACGAGAGGUCGUCAUUUAUGGAUAUGCCGUCAAGGUCACACUGAAAGAGAUCUCGACCAAGUCCAAGCCAUGGCUGUACGUCCUGGGAGGCCUGCUCGUGGCCGAGGGUCUCGUCACGAGCGUCCGAUACAUGGACGACGGCUUCACGACGUUUCAGUUCCGAUACCCGUUUUACACGUCACGAUUUCUGUUCAACAGUCUCACCAACGAUGACGAGAACGGACAUUUGUUGGCGCGGACGCAAAGCGGGACGCACAACGUAAACUAUCCGAACGAGAUCCUGGACAGUUUUCUCUUUCUCGGCAAUAUGUGGCACGCGCAGUCGCCCAGUGUCAUCCGCAACUUGGGCAUCACGCACAUCGUUAACGCGAGUUUGGACACAAACAAUGUAUUUGACGAAGCCGGUGUGGCCUACCACGAGGUCAAGAUCAAGGACGAUAUUCACGCCAACAUUGCCGCCCACUUCGAACCGACGUUUCGAUUCAUUGAAGCAGCGAAGCAGGUGCAGCACAGUCGCGUCCUAAUCCACUGCACCCAAGGCAUCUCGCGGUCGUGCACGUUGGCCAUCUAUUACGUCAUGCGUGCGCAGCGGUGGUCGUUGGUGACCAGUGUAAACUACUGCAUUUCGAACCGCGGCGUGUGCUUUCCCAACCAAGGUUUCCUCCAAGCGUUGAUGGUCGAGGAGCGCAAGCUGUACCUCGCCAAUAGCUUGUCAACCCAUGAACUCGAUUUGUUGCUUGGCAAUUCCCUGCCCGACCGACCGGUUCCCAAGCCCGCACCGAUGGAUAUGACGGCUCUCAAACCGGAAAUCUGCCAGACGUGCAACAAACUGUUUUCGUUUUUUGACUGGCGCCAUCGGUGCGGCCUGUGCAAGCGCACAGUGUGCAGCAAGUGCUCGAGCAGUCGAUUGAUACUGAGCGACGGUUUGCAAGUUCUGGACCGAGCCGACGUCGGCCGCGUGUGCGACCGAUGCGUCGUGCAUUUAUGGUCCAUCCACUUGCCGCUCCCAUUUCGCCUCAACUUCAACUUUUUUUCCGACAAGUACGCUGACCGAACGCGGCGCACUCUAACUGUCAAAAGCCCGAGCCUCCAACACCAGUCGCUGAUGGUGUCGUACAUUCCAGGCACUGAAGCGCAGGUGCUGAUGAACAUCCUCCGCAAGCGAUUUCAAGUCCGGGAGUACGAACUUCUUGACGUGACGGGCGACGGAAUUGGUCUGGACUCGGCGUGGAAUUUGAUGCCAGGGCGGGUACUGGACCUCCCAGACGACGCUGUUCUGUUUGCCUGUAUCGGUGAAUCGGGAUCGAUCCCCUUGACUCAACAUCGGUCCAAUUCGUAUCGCGGCCGGCCCCUCGCGAGUGGGAAUGCUUUAUCCCGUCAGCGUAUGCUUCACCCCGAACACUCGUAUUCGUCACGGUCGUUGCCUUCAAACAAUCGACAGCCCGCUCAAAGGUCGCGCUCGUUUUCAGAGGGACGGGCGCUGGCAUUGCAAGAGUCGUUGCGCGAACGCGAGCGCUCCAAACACCUCGAGCACCUCCAGCACUCGAAUGUGCAAAGCCCCAUCGACAAGGCACACGUGCUCGUGAAUACGUCGAGCAACGCUCCCGCCGGCACUAUCGCAAGGAUCAAUCCCACCUCGAUCGUAGACGAGAAUCGGUUCACGGAGAUGUGGAGGAUAGCGUUCCCUGGCUGCUCGGUCAUUCCCCGCGACGUCUUGCUCGGCCUUGACAACGACGUUCUCAUGGAGCUCAUGCUCGGAAUCGCUUUUGUAACGACGAAAUUCCGGGCCCACGUCCCCGAUGCGACCGGCCCGUCGAAAUCGGUCGUCCUCGAAACUUUGUUUCGAGAGCUCACGAUGUCGCCGACGACAAGUCGCAUUAUGCACGAAUACAUGGAGUUUUGA